CCAUGUCGGCGCAUCUGCAGUGGAUGGUCGUGCGGAAUUGCUCCAGUUUCCUGAUCAAGAGGAACAAGCAGACGUACAGCACCGAGCCCAAUAACCUGAAAGCCCGCAACUCUUUCCGCUACAACGGGCUGAUUCACCGCAAGACGGUGGGCGUGGAGCCUGCAGCCGACGGCAAAGGGGUGGUGGUGGUCCUGAAGCGGAGGUCCGGCCAGCGGAAGCCGGCCACCUCCUACGUGCGGACCACCAUCAACAAGAACGCCCGGGCUACGCUUAGCAGCAUCCGGCAUAUGAUUCGCAAAAACAAGUACCGGCCAGACCUGCGCAUGGCCGCCAUCCGCAGAGCCAGCGCCAUCCUGCGCAGCCAGAAGCCCCUAAUGGUGAAGAGGAAGCGUCCCCGGCCCACCAAGAGCUCCUGAGCGCCUUGCCGCCCAAGCAAUAAAG